AUGGCGGCCCAGGCAACGUUCAAAUCCAUCAAGGCUCUCGUUCCUCUCCUUGACCGGGUUCUCGUUCAGAGAUUUAAACCUGAGACGAAAACCGCGUCUGGGCUCUUCCUGCCCACGUCUUCGACGACAACUCCACUACCGGAGGCGACGGUCAUUGCUGUUGGACCCGGAGCGCCGAAUAAGGAUGGAGAUAUUGUUCCGACCCAAGUGAAGGCUGGAGAUAGAGUGCUACUACCUGGCUGGGGCGGCAAUUCGAUCAAGGUGGGCGAUGAGGAGUAUUUCCUGUUCAAGGACGCGGAGAUCCUUGCCAAAAUCCAGGAGUAA